CUGUACUUUUCGAUUCUUAGUUAAUAGUUUCCACUCAAUGUAUUGUAUUGAUAUUGCUUGAUUUGGUAUUUCAAUUUUCAAGUACAAUUUAGAUUUAUACGUUUACUUUAAUUAAGGCACAAUGCUGUUAACGAAUGUUUUGUUAAAGAAAGCUAAAAGCAAACACAUAAUGGUUUUAAUGGAAAGUGUUGUAUCGGGGCAUAAAUUCAAUUCAAUACGUGAGCGGCUUGGGGAUAAAUUGGAACUAAUUCGCUUUGACCCAUAUAUCCAACAUGAAAGUCUCUAUAAGGAAAGGAAGAAAAUAAGGAGUAUUAAAAAGUAAGGAUGAAGGGAGUUAAAAAAAUUGUGUACACAUUCUAAAUUAGUAUAAUUUAUUUAGUUUUAGUAAACUAUUAAAUAAAUCUUUGGAAA